UCUCCACACUUCAAAAUGAAUAAUACUUCCCAAUGCAUAGGAGACGUAAACAUUGAAGGAGAAUCUACCAUCAAAAUACUGGUAUACAGUGCUAUUGCGCUGGUUUCUCUGCUCGGAAACAGCCUUCUCAUACUCGUUUUCUUCAGAUCAAAUUCUGUGAAGAAAGCAACAAACGUGUUCAUUAUCAGUAUGGCUGCUUCAGAUCUCUUUUUUCCUGUUUUUCUGAUUCCGCGUUUAAUAAUCCAAACCGUUACAGGAUUGUCACAAAACGUAUUCCUCAUCCACGGAGCUAUGGGUUCUUUUCUUUGUAAGAUCUCCAACUUCUUCACCGACAUGUCCAUUGCGGUGUCAACACAUUCCUUGGUCAUGAUUACCAUGGAACGGUUUCUAGCUAUCGUUUUUCCAUUCAGAAUUCGUCAACUCUCUUCCAAAGCACGUCUCUACGCCAUUUUGAUGGUGUGGAUCAUAGCGAUGGGGAUUCACUCACCAUACUUCUACACAUAUAGAUUGACGAGUUCAGGAAGCUGCUCACACAACUGGGAACCAGCAUUCAACCACGAAAUCACGCACACCCGCUUUUACACUGCCCAGUUCGUGGUGGUUGUCAUUUUGCCCUUCACGUUGAUUACCGUCUUGUAUAGCGUAAUGGUUUGCUGCCUCUUCUUAAACAAAGACAAACUCAUAAUACAUCGCCCCAGCAAGGAUGCUUCCAAAAGAAGAAGCGAAGCAAAAGAACUCAGAAUGCUCAAGAUAGCAGCGACGAUUGUCAUUGCCUUUGCACUGUGCUGGGGUCCUUUCAACAUUAUUCAAUUCUUUCACCUGUUUGCCCCAAGGAAACUUGAAAACAUUGAUUGCAAGAUAAAGCAUAUGCUGUCUCAAGUCGCGCUUAUGAUGGCGACUGCUAACUGCACUGUUAAUCCAAUCGUUUGUCUGGUCUAUCUAAGGAACUAUCGUUUACAAGAGAGUUUGGCAAGUUUACGGUCACAAUUCAGCAACAUUUCUAAAGGGAGUCAACGAGAGACUGAACUAUAAGAAUCAAGUGUUUGGUUCAUGAUGUACACCUAUUAUGCACACGUACAAGAAAUAAGUACCUUUGCUCAUAAAUCAGUUUUAUCGAGAGAUAUGGUAACAUUCUUGAAGAAACAGUUUAACUAGUCAAAAAAUCUUUUUUGAAUUCUACAUGAAGUGCAAAAAACUGCAAAACAAAGCAAAGACAAGAGACUU